AUGCCACCAAAUACUCGAUCGUUACUCAGAAAGAUUUGUCGGUAUGUUUACUACGCUGGUGCCGGCAAUUGUUGGUACGAAGACAUUUACCAUGAAACGAAACCUUACAAACUAUACAGUAUAGUAACAUUCUCCAUCUAUACCAUCAUGAUUUUCUUGGAAAACGUAGCCGCAUUGUUCGGGAAAUUCCCUGAAGUCGAAAAGAAUUCAGCCGUCAUGUUCUCGGCCAUACACGACAUUGUGCUCACAAAAAUGUUUCUGCUUUUAUACCAUAAGCAAUCUAUAAGGAAAUUAAACUACGACAUGUCUACUGUCGGCUCGAGUUUUGAAGAAGAUCAUGUCAUGAGGAAACAAUAUCUGAAAACGACAGUAGGUAUAUGGUUGUACGUCAUCUCCGUCUACCUGUCUCUCGGAGCGUAUGGGGUCGAGAGCGCGAGGAGGUCGAUCGUCGAAGGGACCCCUUUUUAUACCGUGGUCACAUAUUUACCGUUUUACGAUGACAAUUCAGUCGUGGCAUUGAUUUUCCGAAUAUUUUUCUACAUAACAUGGCUUUACAUGAUGUUGCCGAUGAUGUCUGCUGACUGCAUGCCAAUCACGCAUUUGAUCACCAUGACUUACAAGUUUAUUACUCUUUGCCAUCAUUUCGAAAGAAUACGGACUGAAUUUGAUGAGGAUACGAAAAUAAUGAACAAAAGAGAAGCUAUCGACAAACUUAGAGCUCGAUGUUUGGAAGGUAUUAGGAUGCAUCAGAAACUUUUGUGUUUAGCAGACGAGAUACAUCGUGUUUUCGGAAUAAUAAUGUCACUCCAAGUGUGCGAAAGUUCCGCCGUCGCUGUGUUACUUUUGCUGCGUUUAGCGCUGUCACCUCAUCUUGAUCUAACUAAUGCGUUCAUGACGUAUACGUUUGUCUGUUCGCUAUUCCUACUGCUGGCCUUGAAUUUAUGGAACGCUGGAGAAGUUACUUAUCAGGCAUCCCUACUAUCCAAUGCCAUGUUUCAAUGUGGCUGGCAUCUCUGCGAGUUGGAGAAGGACAACCACCGGGAUAUUCGAAGACUGGUCCUAAUCGGUUGCACGCAGGCGCAGAAACCACUUAUACUCAAAGCUUUUGGAAUCCAGGAUUUGUCGUAUGAAACAUUCGUGUCUGUAGCAAGAAUGACGUACUCAAUAUUCGCUGUGUUUUACCAAAGAGGCGAGUAA